GUUGUCUGCACGCUCCGCUAGCCCUUGCCCACCACCAGCUAGCAGGCGAUCCUCGCGGCCACCAGGUGUUUGCUAACGCAGUUUUGUAACGCGUUGCGCCCACGGGAGUUCUCACAAGGGGGUCCACUAGACGUUCACUAAGCGCAGCGUGCGUGGUAAUCCAGCGUUGAAUUCAAUCACUAUCAUGAUGUCGAUGAGUGCUCAUGAUGGGAAUCAUAUGUGCAGACUCUGGCGCGCUGCCAGAUCGAAUCGUCCCACACGUAAGGCUCUACACGUCUCUUACAUCUCGCAAGGGCGAGCACCCGCGCGCAGCCCGAGCCUCGACACCCGUCCACCCAACCUCAAACAAGUCCGCGCGGAUCCAGACAUCGCUCCAGCGGCGAUCACGACGGAGGCCGUCUCUCAGGGAGAUCAAUCAUCAUGUGCGGCGCGAGCGCCCACAGCAGACCCUGAUUUGCCCACUAAUCCAUGAAUUUGGCAAAUCUGCCGGCGAAGGGGAGGAUAGAGCAUCUGGAUCUUCGAGAACGAAUCAGAACGACUUGGCAUGCAGUGCUCUCAUUGGCAGGUGCCCCUCCCACGGGCCCCACUCUCCAAUUCCGCGCUGCGCCCCGAGUGCAAGAGCGUAUCUGCCCCCGAUUGGCGAAGGGCAUCUAUCUGCCCAAACCCUCCCGCGCACACCUUCCCGCAAUCUAGGCGCGCGAACGUGUGCUCUGUCCCAGUCGCGGCGCCCCAAAGCUGGGGAUUCCGACUAGCACAGGCUCUGACACGGCCGUCUGCCCGGCGGCAGUGCCCAUCAUGCAUCAUGGGUGGCGUGCUCAUGUGGGUGCGCACCUUAUGGUCCAUGUCCCUAGAGUGUCGAGUCACACACACCGAGAACUGACGUGAGAAUGUACGUACUCAUCGCAGUA